AUGGCAAGCUCCGCAGUCAAGUUCAUGGCUUUGUUUUUUAUUCUAUCCUAUGUGGGAUCGAGUUUGGCGGCAGAGCAUACAGUAGGUGACCAGCUUGGCUGGCGACCGUUCGUUAACUAUUAUAGUUGGGUUCGUAGCAAGUCCAUUAAGCUAGGCGACACUUUGGUGUUCAACUAUGAUCCUACCAAAGAUUAUAGCGUGGCGGAGGUGACACAGUUUAAGUUCAUCGCUUGCAACGCAAGUGAUGCUAAGUUCUUCGACAAGAGCGGAAACAUCACGGUGACCCUGCUCGAGUCCGGCCAGCAUUACUUCAUGGCUCAAGGCCAUUGCUCGGAUCAAAUGGUGUUUUCAGUGCUGGUUUGACGGAGGAAGUUAAACAC